AUGGCCGAUAACUCCGCGCGUCGCCCCUUCCUCGAAAAAACGGGCCUGGAAACCCCAUCUGCCACCCGGUGUAACCUCCCUUCACACGCAAGCGAUCCAUCAGGUCCGUGGUUGGGUGUCAUUGGGGUCAAGGACACGACUGCUCACAUCACUGAUGCCAUCUGCAAGUACGUGCACACCGAAAGUUUGUCUGAUCCCCGCAGAAGGUCUGCUGGCGAAGCACCAUCAGCCAUCCAAGAGAUCCGGCACGUUGAUCGUAAAUCGUACGCCACUGGUGCCGGCUCGAAUCAACCCGCGCUGGGCACGCCUGAGCCUUUGUCAUGUUAUGAAUAUCAACUGACGAAGGAGUCUUGA